GCCACGCCCUUCGUAGGCCCUCCCCACGCCUCGCCCGGAGCCCCGCCUGUAGGCGAGAUCGUCUUCUCGUCGGUCGGCAUGCGGUACCGGCCCGGCACGCCCUUCGUGCUGCGCGGCUUCGAGCUCCUCGUCGGGGGCGGAGAGAAGGUUGGCUUGGUCGGUCGCACGGGCGCCGGCAAGAGCAGCCUGCUGGCGGCGCUCUUCCGGCUCGUCGAGCUGGCCGAGGGCUCCAUCUCUGCAUCGACGGCGUCGACAUCGCUGCAGGCGCUGGCGAUCAUCCCGCAGGAGGCGACCCUCUUCAGCGGCUCGCUCCGCAGCAACCUGGACCCGUUUGGGCAGCACGCCGACGCAGACGUGCGCGAGUGCCUCGCCCAGUGCUCGCUCGAGGCGCUCUGCGGCGCGCACCCCGCCGGCUUGCUGCAGCCGAUCGAGCCAAAGGGCGCCAACUUGUCCGCCGGGCAGCGGCAGCUCGUCUGCACGGCGCGUGCGCUGCUGCGCGGCUCGCGCAUUCUCGUCCUCGACGAGGCGACCGCGUCGGUCGACAUGGAGACG